AUGGCUGAAACACCAUUAGUAUUCCCGUCGGUUGAAGCACAGCGGCUAGAGCACCAUCUUCCGCCAUUAUUUACAGACCACGGCGAAGAUGGAUCAUCUUCACCAAAAUUACCCUUCGUAACAUUGACAUUCGCUACUUCACUUGAUUCGGCCCUGUCGCUCGGCCCUGGUAUCAGGACGGUUCUUUCCGGACCCCAAUCCAAGGCCAUGACACAUCACCUUCGUAGCCGUCAUGACGCCAUCUGUGUGGGAGUCGGAACAGCCCUAGCCGAUGACCCCGGACUAAACUGCCGCCUCGCAUCCGAGUACCCAACCCUAGAAACUUCCCCAGCUGCCGACACAGCUGGCGUUGGUGCGCUCCUAGGACUCGCCGGAAAAGCUGCGGGUAGUGAGCGACGUAACACAUUCACAACGCAUCAGCCACGGCCGAUAAUAAUCGACCCGAAGUUACGCUGGGAUUUUACUGCCGAGAGCAAGGUCUUGCAAUUGGCUCGGAUAGGCAGGGGUUUGGCUCCGUACAUCGUGACGGCUGUGCCGCAUCCCCCAGAAAGACGGAGGAAGUUGUUGGAACGCCUCGGUGGGAAGUUUAUCGUCCUUGGCGGACCCCAAGGCAAAGGAUCUGAGAAGGAUUCGGAGAGUCAACGUUUCGAUUGGCAUACCAUAUUAGCGGCCGUGCGGGACGAAGGGUUGAGGAGUAUUAUGAUCGAGGGCGGUGGCGGUGUGAUAAACUCGUUUUUAUCUGAAGAAAAUGCACAUUUAAUCGAUUCGGUCAUUGUAACCGUUGCUCCGACUUGGCUCGGUCAGGGAAGCGUGUAUGUCUCUCCGCCGCGAAAGACCGGUUCAGAUGGCAAACCGAGAGCCGUGGCUCGGCUUACGAACACAAGCUGGAUGCCUCUUGGGGAAGAUGUCGUUCUAUGCGGGAAGAUCGCGCCUCAAUCCUGA